AUGAUGAUUCGUGCCGAAUACUACAAAGUCUGUCAAUUGCUCUUUGGUGAAGAGCGACGUUCUUUAGAGCAAUUAGAAAAGGAAAGCAAAGAAAUUUGGCAACAACUAAAGGAAAGUCAACACAGUAUGGAACUGAAGGGCAUACUGUUAAGACAAAUGUAUGAGGAACUCAAGGAAAUGUGCCAUAAGCCGGACAGGGAGCUGCUCCAGCAUUUUGAAAGCAUAUUUAAAAGGAGUGAGACCAUGCAGCUGCAUAUGCCCCAACCUGUGAACCCAGAGCUCAGUUCCUGGCCCAUCACUGGACUCAUAAACAGGCUCAGUCGAUUCUAUGUGUUUAUUUCCUGGGAUAAUGAAACAACCACUUGUCAUGUGCCCCUGCUGGAAGAUCUGAGACGUUUUCUCUUCAGUCCUGAUUAUCUCAACAUUGCCCAUACCCGAAGAUCUAAGUGUUUUCUUGCCUGGGGAGCCCAGCCAUUCACUUCCGGCCAACAUUACUGGGAGGUAGAUGUUGGGGGCUGUGUUAACUGGGUCAUCGGAUUUUGCAAUGAUUCUUGGUCAAAGAAGAAUGACAUGCUGGUCGAAUCUGAGGGAAUUUUUCUACUUUUUUGUGUCAAAGAGGGCAAUCAUUGCUGUCUCUUUACUGCCUCCCCACUGUUACCUCAGUAUGUAGAGAGACCUCUGGGGCCCGUGGGGGUGUUCCUAGAUUAUGAGGGUGGUACAGUGAGCUUCGUCAAUGUGGCCAAUAGCUCUCUCAUUUGUAGUCUCCUCUCAUGUUCCUUCUCCUCCCCUCUCCGACCUUUCCUUAUCUCUGGACCCAUAUGA